CACAAGAGGUGGAGAUUUUUAUGUCAAUUUUAACAUGAAAUAUUUACAAUCUGUCAUUUUAAUUUCCAGUUUCAAGACUCAGAAUCUAAAUUUGUUGUUAAAAGAUUGGAAAUGGCUAGCAUAAUUAUUAUACAGAACCCUCUCUAUCUGUACCUCUGUCAGAAUCAAUUAUCGAUUGUUCUUUGAAUAACAAACCUAGCCAAUUUUGUCGGAAAUUGAAAUGACAGAUUUAAUAGACUAGUGUUGAAAUUUAUAAAAAGUUCCACAACUUGCAUUCUCUGGCCUCAGAGUCUCCACCCUCUUGCAACUUUUGACACUUCGUUAAUUGGCGUCUCCAUUGUGAUCAUUUUACACCAAGCGUUGGAGAAGUAGAAAGCUAGCAUGGUAUGUAUGUUUUUAAUUCCAAUCUAAAUAUUAAAGUAAUUUUUAUCACUUUACAUACCGGUAAUCUUGCCAACUUUGAAUCAUUAGACAUAUUAGGGUGUACAUGUUUUGCACAUAGGUGUAAAUUGUUUUCGCAGUCAUCCUCUAGAAAUUCAAUAGGCUUAUUUUGAGCUUGUUGAAAAAAAUUAAUUGGUAAAGUAUAUGCAUCUUUUCAGCAUAUUUAUACCUGUUAUCUGAUGACAGUUUAAAAACAAGACUUAUAAAUAAGUGUAAUAAGAGGCAGAUUUUGUAAAUUAAAAGAGUUUAAAAGCGGGUAUGGUUUGCAAACUUUGAAUAGACAUAUUAGGGUGUACAUUGUUUUGCACAUAUACUAGUAUAAUUCUAGAAAGAUUUGUUAAGUAUACUUUUAUUGGAAAUUUGUUUUAAAAAAUAAUAAUAAAUUGGGAGAUGGAAUUGUGAAUAAUGACUUGGAGAAUGUAGGAUAAUUGAUCUUUAAAAAGUGAUAAAUAAGAAACACCAAAUCUACCUUCAAUUACAUUAUAAAUAACACUUGAAAACAACUGUUUUUUAGGCAACCACAAUUUCCUUAGAGGAUCUGAUGACUCAAAGUGGACAGGUUCCUUAUACCAAAAGUUUAAAGAUUCAAGUUGUUGCCAUCACCGAUGUAGUGAACUAUAGAAACGACAAAAAUGAAAGCAAAAGUCUAAUGAAUGCUGCUGUUGUGGAUCACUCAAAAGCAGUAAAGUGCACGAUCUAUGACUCAACAAAGUUUCCUAGAUUUAAAGAAGGACAGUACCUCAUUUUACGAAAUGUCAUCAAGAAAACGGAUGGAGUAGUUGUAACAUCAAACACGAAAGUAUUUACUUGUGCACCUUUUGCAUUUGAAAUCCCAGCAGCCAUACAGCAACGUGGGAGAGAAAUAUUAAAUCCUCCUCCAGCACCAGUGGUAAAUGUGAAAGAGGCACUUGACUCUCCACCUAAAGCAAGGGUUACAGUCAGAGGCAAAGUGGUUCAGGAAGAAGCAACGAGAGAAGUGUUAUUCAAAGAAGAGAAGACAAAAGUAAAGAACAUCUACAUUGAAGAUACAUCUUCCAGAUGUAAAGUUGCUCUCUGGAGAGAAAAUACAGAAGAAAAUGUUCGACCUGGGGAUUAUGUUCAAAUAACUGACGUAGUGACAAAUUCUUAUCGGAAUGAAGUGUCACUUUCAACAACCUUCAGGACAAAGAUUAGCAAAAUAGAGUGCCCCGCAGAAACCACCACACAUGAGUGCAUGUCAGCAUGCAUUGAAGACAAUACAGCAACUUUCCUGCUAUGUGACGACACAAUCAUAACAUUGCCAAAACAACUUGUACAAGUGGCACUUCCAGAUGUAAAAGUCAACGACUUGGAGUCUCAUUUAAUGGCUAUGUUUACACCAACUCUAAAAAUAAAAUGCACAUCACGUGGAGACAGAGUUUCCUCUUUGGAAAUUAUGCCCACAAAAGCCGAAUAGUAGGCUACAGAUACAUGUGAAUAUAUGUGCCUGUAUUUCAUUAACGAUCAGUUUAUGCAUUUUAUGCUUUUGGUUUUGAUUUCCUGACUUCAUGGUUUUUUAAGGGUGUCAAUGAAAUUCAUCAUUCUUCAUUUUUUGAAACCUUUGCAUUUGAUAGAGAUUAAAAUAUCUCAGGUAUGGUUUGUGUGUCUUAGUGAAAAUGUUCAUUUUUAAAAAUUCAACAUAUAAUGUACAUAAACUUUUUUUAUAAUCUUUUGUAUGAAUUAGACUAUUCAGUUCAUAGGCUAGUAUUAUAUAUUCUCCACCUCUUCUUAGUUCUUAAUAUUAUAUAUUCUCCACCUUUUCUUAGUUCUUAGUAUUAUAUAUUCUCCACCUUUUCUUAGUUCUUAGUAUUAUAUAUUCUCCACCUUUUCUUAGUUCUUAGUAUUAUAUAUUCUCCACCUUUUCUUAGUUUCUUAAAGCUACC